AUCAUGAAAAGGCUCCAGUAAACCAACCUGAUCACAAACCUCAUACCCAGGUUCCAAGAAGACAGCCACUGAAGAGAAAGAGAACGGGAUUUGUACCUCCAAGGCAAGCCAACAAGCGACCGAGUCCUGAGAAAGAGAAUCCUCCACAGACACAAGAAAUCCAGCAAUUGGCUACUUCGUCAGGGUUCGGAAGUCCCAGAUCUUCACUCUUUAGUGUUCCAGGUAGCAAGACAGAGGUAUCUUCGCCACAGGGUCCAAACAUCUUGAACAUGUAUGGAAGGAGCACGGUCAACGCAAGUCAAAGCAAUUAUGCAGCAUCUGAACUACAACAUACAAUGAGAAGCAAUACCCAAUAUGAUCCUCAACAGCUCAAAGAUGACUUUCAACCGGUAUCACAGGAAUUGAAUGAGGACUACAUGGAUGACGUGACUCUUCCAAGUCAUAAUACAGCCACUAGUUUCUCACCACAUCCUGGAAGUACCGGCAGGACUGUCAUGGGUGUAGAUCCAUGUGAACUUCAAGUCAAAAGUCAACCAGAAAUGGACCUUGACAUGAGAGGUACGUGGGAUGAUCGAGAAGGUGGAAGUGAUCUCUCCAGGACAGAUGUACCUGUCAUGAACAAAUCUUCCUUCUCUACCGAUCCUAGUUCCACAAAUCAGGAUCUAUGGAGAACGUCUUCUGAACAGGACUAUACCAGCUACAGGAAGCACACAGAUCUUUCAGCUAGUUCAGUCAUGCCAGGCACUAACCCGGAUAGUGUGGAGGCUAGGCUGUCAGAAGAAACCAAAGGCAACACUGGGAAUGCUCCAGGAGCUAAAAGAAGCACCUCUAGAAUUCUUGCUUUGCUUGGUAAGGGGAAGAAACCAUUCCAGCCUCCCCUGAAGCAGAAGAUUUCGCAAGGUGGAGUUACUGACACAGUAUUACAUUCAUCUAUAGGUCAUAUGGAGGAUACUAGUUCUCCGACAACCAUCAGACCACAAGCACCAGUAAAUGUCUAUCAGAGUAAUUACCAAGCAAGUGUGAUUUCUUCAGAACCUGUGGCGCUGGAAAAAGAUGUGUUUGAUGAACAUCUGUCUUACAAUACAGAAUCACAUCCUCUUGACAGUCUUCCUAUACAUACUUCUAGAGAAUUUGAUGCAGGUCAUAUGAGAAGAACUGCAGCAUCGAUGAGAACGUCACAACAUCACAGCAUCCCCAGUGAGAAUGAUCUUGUGAGGCUGAAGGCCACUAGUGGUCAAGCAGCCGAAGGUGGUCACAGGGAAGCAGCAGUCUGUGAUGAGUCCAGGGUCUCUCAGGAGAGUCAGGCACCGAGGCAAAACCAGCACAUGAAACAUUGUUUGAAUAAAAGAACAGUCGGCAAUACCAGAGGAAACUUAUCCUCACUGCAUCAUCUACAGCAUGCACACCAGAAUAGAACACAAAGUUUAGUUGGGAUGAGUGGUUCCCAGACACAGUCAGGAGAUGCAGUUUUAAGAGGAGUACCUGGUAGAGAAAGGACGGAAGUGAAGAAGGGGUUCAGGACACCAGUCUCCAUGAUGUCAAAUAUUGGAAUGCGUGGUGACCUCAACUUUCCAGCGGCGGACACGGUACAUAGUGGAUCAGUACGUCAGAGAGAGAUUGUGAUACCAGUCUCCUUUCCUAGUUUGUCAAGUUACAAGCAGAUAAUGACAGAGGCUGUCAAAGAGCAUUUGAACAUCCUCCUCCUCGAGCUCUCUCACCGCUACCACUCCACCAUGGAGAAAGCUGACAUCACGUCUUACACCAAGACCCAUCACGGGGGAAACCCCUCAGAGAGGACCGGUGGUGGAGGGGGGAAUCCCCCAUGCAAGCAUGGCCAACCAGCCAAGAUGGUGUGUGUCAAGAAGGAUGGUCCUAACAAAGGCAGGAUGUUCUACGCCUGCAACAAUCAACGGGAGAAUCAGUGCAAGUUCUUUGUAUGGGCGGAUCAGCAUGCAGCGCAGGCACCACAAACUUCAACUCAACAACCCUCACAGUCCAGAGCUAAGAUUGCUCUUCACAAUGCUGAAAGCAUUGAACAGUUUGCCAGGACCAACCAGGUUCAUCUCUACUGUGAAUGCCAGUUGAGUCGGAGAGGCAGUUUGAAUGAGGGACCCUUGGGAUCAGCGCCGGCUUGGAUUAAGAAGUACAGAGCACAGCGAGUGAACAACACCACCAAAAAGAUGUACAUCAAGUUAGACAGGAAAGAACACUCAUCUACCUAUGCCAAAGAUGACCUGUGGAUCAUCACUCAAGAUUUGACCUUUGACCCAUCAAGUUCCUUUGUUGCCAAGAGCAUGUUCCAUGGACCAUCCUCCACCAGUGAGAUUGAGAUUGAACCGCUGACUGGAUACUCACCCUCAAACUGGUCUACAGACGGUUCAGUGUACGGAAUCUUGGCUUGCAAUGCUAGCUCUGAGUUAACUUGUCUCGGAAACCUACAGGAAUAUGUCACCCCCAGAACAUUCCCCAUCCUGCCCAAUCUCAUCAGUUGUGAACCUGAGAGGAACCCAUCUUCCCUGCAUGGCCCUGCCUUUGUGAAACCAUCAAGGUCACGUCGCCUCAAUCUCCCAGCAUCGCUCAUCACUGAGCUAGUUGAAGAUACCAUUAGAUCGUACCACUUGAAUCCAGACCAGUCAUCAGCUUUACAUCAGGUAGCUGGCAUGGUGGGAGGAGACUAUCCACCUGUUACACUCAUUCACGGUGUGUUUGGUGCUGGUAAGAGCUAUCUGCUGGCUGUCAUGGUCUUGUUCUUGGUCAAGCUUUUCAAGCUCAGCGAGGAGAGUGAGACCACUGGUCAAGAGGGUGGAUGGAAGGUCCUCAUUGCAUCCACCACCAAUGUAGCGGUAGAUAGGAUACUCCUUGGACUUCUUGAGCUAGGAUUUGAGGAUUUCAUUCGUGUUGGCAGCCUGAGAAAAAUAGCUAAACCUGUCCUACCAUACAGUGUCCAUGCCUCAGACAAGGAGAACCAAGAGAUGAAAGAGUUACAGGAGAUGUUAAAGGGAGACCUCACCGUCAACGAGAGGCAGUUUGUGAGGAAGAGCAUUGAGAGACACAGGCUCGGAAAGAACAAGGAGAUGCUCUCCCAGGUCAAGGUCAUUGGGGUCACGUGUGCAGCGUGCAGCUUCCCUUGCAUCAAGAAUCUAACCUUCCCUGUUGUGCUGCUUGAUGAAUGCAGUCAGAUGACCGAGCCAUCAUCCCUCCUCCCAAUGGCCCGGUUUGGAUGUGAGAAGCUUGUUCUGGUCGGAGACCCACAUCAGCUCGACCCUACCAUCCAGGGAUCAGAGUCAGCGCACAAGUCAGGACUUGAACAAACCCUCUUUGAUAGACUUUCACUCAUGGGCUAUGAUCCCAUCAUGCUGAGGACACAGUACCGCUGCCAUCCCUGCAUCAGUAGCCUUGCUAACACACUCUUCUAUGAUGGUCAGCUUUUGGAUGGUGUCAUAGAAGAAGACAGACCUCCUUUACUGCCCAACCUCCCAACCCUGUGCUUCUUCAACAUCUCACACGGUCGUGAGAUGAGUGCGAGGGAUGGUAGCUACUUCAACGACCCCGAGGCAAGCUUUGUGGUGUUUCUCAUCGGCAGCAUGAUGGAGAUGGGGAUUUCCCCUUCUGAUGUAGGGGUCAUCACACUUUACAAGGCUCAAGUCAGCAGGAUCAGAAUGCUGCUACAGACAUCAAGCACCCAGAACAGCAGUGAACUGAAAGCCAUCCAGAUAUCGACAGUCGAUGCUUUCCAAGGAGGGGAGAAGUCCAUCAUCAUCUUGUCUUGUGUAAGGACUCAGAGAGUCGGAUUCAUUGACUCUGACAAACGAACCAAUGUUGCACUGACCAGGUCCAAGAACCAUCUUCUGAUUGUUGGAGGGAUGAAGAUGCUUUCAGAUAACCAGCUCUGGGGAGAGAUUGUCCACAAAUGCCAAGAAAGAUCAGAUGGAAUCCAGGAUUCCAAGGCCUUUCAGAAGCAGUGGGAGGAGAGACUAAGGGAACUGAAACAAGAUGCUGACCUGGAACCGGCAGAGAGACCCAAGAGAACGAGGGGAAAAAGAAGAAAGCUGGAAAGGAGCGAGAGAGAGCAUUCACCAGCCAUGUCACUGGAUAGCAAUGAUGAAGAUUUUGUAAGCAGUGUAUCACCAAGUGUACCUGGAACUAGUAAUGCUUGCAAGCCCACCGUCUUAGAAAUGGACUGUUCUAAGAAGACAUUGCUGCACCCUACAGGAUCACCCAUUUCAUCCAUAGGGGAUGAUGACUUGCCUUGUAUAGAUCUGAGCACCCCGCCUGAAGAUGAGAGACUGAGCAAUGCCAGAUUAAAAAUGGACUGUAUGGCAUCGCCCCGCUCACGAGAAGUCGUAUCUGCAACUAUACCCGUCGCUUUUCAAGUGGACAACACUACAUACUCACCUCAUCCGUAUUCAGAAGGGCAUGACUUGCCCCUAGUUAACCUGGAUACCGUACCAAAAGACAAGGACAUUGGCGAUGCUAAACGGGGCGCAAAUCACGAGGAAUCUUCCGAUUCUGAAGGAGUCGUUUCCCAGGGGAUGAGAGAUCCUCUCGUACAGGAACCCUCAGAAAUGCCAGAUGCCAGUAUCUCCUACUCUCCUCUGGAACACGUGGUAGAUUCAGAUUCAGAAGAGAGCGAUGAGGACCUCCCUAACUUUAACAUUGGGAAUAUCUUAUGAUGAUGCUAGUCUUCUAUGCCAAAAAGGUCAUCACGAAGGUUCAUUGACACAAAGAGUCAAAGACUUAACUCCAUGUUUUGCCAAAACGAGUAUUUGAUAUCAAAAUGUUCAGAAGAAUGUGGGCUUUCCAGG